GGUAUGGUGUGGAAUUUUUUAUGAUCAAAUCAUCGGCUCACAUUAGUUGAACAUAUUUUGGAAAAUUUUGUCUUAUACCAUUUCUUAAUACGAUAGAGUUAGAACUACGUAAUAAUUUCCUUUGGCAUCAAAACGGCUGCCCUGCUCAUUGCACAGCCUUGCUGAGACAAUGACCGCAUGAUCAAUUUGUACAUUUUUCACCUUCACGUUAAAUUUCAGAUUUCGCAAUCUGAAUCUAAGGAAUAUUUUUUCAGGAUAAACGUACAUGCUUCUUAAAUGAAGUAAAUGAUCGAACUUUGACUCAAAAUUACUUAAAGCUUUACUCAAAAUUGUGGUGACAUACCCCUCACAUCUGAAAGAAUAACACUAUGGAUAAUGGAAAGACUAGAUUCCGAUGGCGGAGUAGCGCAUUGACGUGUCGGGUUUUUGCACUGUUGUUUUUUACGUAUAUGCAAUUUACUAUUUUAUGGGUUGUUUUGUUUUACAUAAAUUGAAUUAAGUUUACUAAUUACGCAUCAGGCUGGUAGUAGGAUUGUGUGGAACGAAGCACCCGUUACGCUUUGACGUUUACCCGUUUUAAUCAUCAUUCUGUAGAUGAACACCCGGUAUCUAGAAGUGUCUAGAGUUUUAAUCAGGCGCUUCGUUAUGAAAGUGUCGCGUCGAAAGUAUUUGUGUUGGUUGAAGAUAUAAAAGCCAAAGCUAAUUGAUUUAAUUUGUAGAGUUGUGUUCCAUCCGCCUCCGUUACCGUAAUUCACGUGGCAAUUGAUCCGCCGUUUGCAACCGUUCCCAUCAAGAUAUUUCAAUUGUCUUUGUUGCGUCCGAAAGCUGUCCUUUAGAGGUGGAUGGAAAAUUAGUAUUUCAGAAUUUCUCGUUAAGCCAUUAUUAACAGGUUUACGCCGUUAUCAGCUUGAUAGCGCCGACACCACCGGUUGGUCCCAUCAUUCGAACUAACAAUAGAUAUUAAUUGGAUUACUGAUUUUAGAAUUUUCAAUCCGGCCAAUUAAGACGUCAUCAGGCCGCACAAUCAAUCAAAGAAGUCUUAAUUUUUGGAUGUAGAUAGCUGAAUACGCUGGCUGACUGGGAACUUCCAUGGUAUAGCCGAAUUUUAUAUAAGCAGGAUCGCCGGACAACAUUUUACGACCACUACCAUCACGCUGUGUAUUUGCGUUUGGCAUGGAUGAGGAUUUGAACUGUAGAUAGAAAAUUUGAUUUUGUCGCGACCAAAGGAGGGGAAUUUCACACUGCUGCAUUAAACUUAGUAUACAUUACUGAUACAUAGUAAAAUGUCCACUCUACUUUUUCUGUUAUUAACAACAUUCUUUAAAUGUUCAGAAGUAGGCCAGCUGGAGUUAGUAGUAGCUAUUUUCAGGCAUGGAGAUAGAACGAAAGAUGCAAUGACAUUUUACCCCAAGGAUCCUUACAAUAAUGUCACCUACUAUCCGUAUGGUCUAGGACAACUUACCGAUGAAGGUAAGUUGAGGUCAUUUUUCCUAGGACAACAACUUAGAAGGAAAUAUGAUAAUUAUUUGAGUCCGAAAUACACAACGGAGGAAGUGGACGCUGCCAGUACUCAUUACAAAAGAACCAAAGACACUCUCAAAUUUGUUGUUGAGGGUUUAUUCAGCACCGGUGUGCAAAAUCCAAACGAUUGGAAAAUCUUACCGGAAAAAUAUAUCAAUCCAUUUGGCAAAUGCCCGCGAUAUCUUCAAAUUUAUGAGCAGUACGAAAGUUCUGGUGCGGGUCGCAAAGUUUUAGGCAAAUACGAACCAUACUUUCCGUACAUUGUACAACAUACUGGCCUUAAUAUAACAAAACUAUUUGACUUGUUACUUCUUUAUGCCUGUCUACGUAGCGAGGAAGAAUGGAAAUUGAAAUUACCCAAAUGGACGUCACUUGUGUACAAAAAUUACUUGCGCUCUGCCACACAAGACUUCUUUACGAUAACUGCUUCGGUCUCGGCACUGCACCCACUGUACGGAGGUGUCUUAAUGAAAAUAAUUUUGGAUAAUAUGCAUAAGAAAGUUACCAGCUCAACGAACCACAAGCUACACUUAUAUUCAGUACAUGAUCUUAAUAUAGUUUCACUCUUGGGAGUCAUGAACAUAUAUCGCCCACAUCUUGUUCCAUAUUCAGCUUGUAUAGUAAUGGAGUUGCACAAGAUAAGCGGGAUCUAUUAUGUAAAGGUACUAUAUCAAGAAUAUACACCAGGGCAUUUCAAAGAGAUAACCAUACCGGGAUGUGACGUUCUGUGUCCCAUUGGAAGAUUUCGUGAGAUACUUGCACAAAACCUUCCGGGAGAAGAGGAUAAUUGCAACAUAUGCCUAUUACUUCAGAAACUUAUCACAAAAGUGAUGGUUGUAAUAAAUAAAUCGAAAUUAAAAGGCUACCACUAUGGACCGGGUGUAAAUCGAAAAGUGGAACAUAGGCGUUUAACAUGGGAAAUUACUUUUUCUUUGCGCAAACGUUUCCUAAUUAUUUUACGCAAAAAUACUUCAAAUAAAAAUAAGCAAUUACUGUCGUGUUUUUUCUCUAAAGGUGACGAGAUGACUCUAAUAUUAAAAUAUAUUGUGAAUAUUUUAAUAUUUUUAGCGCUGGAUUGCAUGGUUGCAUACUGCGCAAAUGAGAAAACCGUUCAAAUGGUAUUUGGGGUCUUCCGACAUGGAGAUCGCACUACUGACGCCGGUACACUGUAUCCCAACGAUCCAUAUAUUAACGAAACGUACGAACCCUAUGGACUGGGCGAGCUCACUAACAAAGGCAAAAUGAGAGAAUAUAGGCUUGGCCAACUGCUACGUGCGAGAUAUGCAUUGCUACUGGGAAAGCAAUACAAAAAAGGAAAAGUAAGGGCAGUCAGUACUGAUUACAGCAGAACACAGGAGUCGUUGGAAUUGGUCUUGGCAAGUCUGUAUCCUCCUCGUUGGACACAGUUGGCAUGGAAUCGAUGGUUGAAUUGGAACCCAAUCGCUUACGAUAUUGCAUCACACGUAACCAAUCGAUUGCUUAGCAUUGCCAUUUUGUACUGCCCUCGUUACGUUCAACUCUUCGACGCCUAUUCCAAAAGUGAAGAAGGUCAGCAGAUCGAAAGCAUGUUCAACUCACAAUACGAGUACAUAUCUAACCACUCUGGUUUAAACGUCACCAAACUAUUUGACCUAUUUCGAUUAUACUUCUGCUUAGUUUCUGAAAGCGAAUGGGGUUUGACACUUCCGGAAUGGACUAAGCAAGUUUUUCCGGGAUAUUUAACCAGGACAACUAAGAAAAAUUACGAAAUGCUUGUUGCUGCACCACAACUAAAUCAACUGUUUGGGGGAUUUCUUCUUGAAGACAUUAUUAGUGAAAUGAGGGCAAAAAUGAACGAGAAUGGUACCCUAAAGGAGCGUAAAAUUAACCUAUAUUCUGGUCACGAGCUUAACAUUGCUGCUAUACUAGGCGCCAUGGAUGUGUUUUUUCCUCAUAUACCCCCUUAUGGCGCAUGCGUACUUAUUGAGCUUCAUAGGCAUGACGAUAAUUAUUAUGUUCUGAUUUUCUACCAGGAUUAUUCAUCUAUGACGCUACAACCACUGACCAUACCCGGGUGCACGUUUGAAUGUCCUUUUGAAGACUUUGUAAACUUGUUGCAAAAAAAUCUUCCAGACAAGCAAAAUGGAGACCCUUGCUUAAUAACCGGAGAUUAGCACUGUUUCAGUUUUUAUCUUGAAACCACCCGAUUUUAAUCAGUUAGUUUUAUUAAAAAUUUUCAAUUA